UAUAAAAAUGAAUCGACCCUGCGUUGGGUGUAAGCGUCGACCCAGACGCGAAAGCAGAUAUGGGUGUCCACUGGGACUAAACGAACAAAAAAUAGAAUCACUGUCUGUUUACGUCGGCGUGUUGAAAUUACUGUUAGUGGCGUGUGCCUACGCAGCAGCACCGGGAGCGUACGACACCUUCCCCCGGCUUCUAGCUCCAGGAGCCCUGACGGCGGAGGAUGUCAGGAUGAGAUCCUCUGACCAGGUUCAUGACCGGCACGCCACGUGGGACCCGGACUUCGCCUCCCUUCCGUCCCUCUGACAUCACGGGCUAGACGACCAACGCCUAAUCCGCGCGUGCGAAUCGAAUGAACCAGCGCCUCCAACUAUAAAAACACACGGGAGCCCAUCUUGGUCACAUUGCAUCUUGUCUAUCCAUUCGUCUCGAUUUCUUGCCUGCGAGAGGGACCAGAAAUAGUUGAACGAGCUAGAGCUCGCUAGCGGCGGUCCGUCAGCCAGGCCCAGAGAAAAAGCACUCGUCAGCCGGGAAGGUUAUCUGAUGGGGAACUGCGCGCCAUCGCGGCACGCCGGGGAGUCGUGGGCCGACGACGGCGAGUGGGAGGAGGCGUCGUCCACGUCCGAGGACGGCGACCACCACCACCACCACGCAUCGGAGGUGACGAUCAGGAUCACCAAGAGGCAGCUGCACGAGCUCAUGGAGAGGAAGACGCCCGGCGGCCGGGGUAGCAGCACCCGGCAGCUGCUGGCGGACAUCAUGGACUCCGGGGAGGUGCACCACCAUGACGUGCACCGGGAGGAGCACUGGAGGCCCGCGCUGCAGAGCAUUCCGGAGGCCGUCGAGUCGUGACGAGACUUGGUGGUGGCUACGUAUGUACGUACUUACGUACGCUGCCCCUGCCGAGCUCUCUGCGAAACAAAUUAAAGUUGCCAUUUCCCUCCUAGCCUCUUUUCUCUUUUCUCGUUCCCACGGUACGUUUCCAUGUCCUUGAAUGGAUGGCCAUGCGUCCAUGCAUAUACAAAGAUUGGAUUUGGAUAGUUCGUUCAAUUUGUCUCUGAUGUAUACAUAAGAUGUACGUCUAGGGAAAUACGUAUAAAA